AUCCAAGUAUUUCACAACUGUAGUGACCAUUUUAACGUAGAUUUAUAGAGAUUUCCAUAUUUUAAUCUAUGUGACAUGAAAUGUGUGAAGUUUAAGGAAAUAAAUGAUAACAUGUAUUGGAUGUAGGAGCUGUCAGUUAAGGCAUUUAAUGAGGCUGCGGUACAGUGCGUCUCCCAGAACUGCGACGGAGAUGCUACUUGCUUUGGGAAAGAAGGUAAAAUGGCCGUUGCUGUGCGAACUCUGCAGGAUCAGCUUGAAAAAGCGAAAGAGAGCUUAAAAAAUGUGGAUGAAAAUAUUCGGAAAUUGACAGGCAGAGAUCCAAACGAACUUAGACCAGGCCUUGCUAGAAGGCUAACCAUCUCAGGCCCAGGUGGAGGUAGGGGGCGUGGAAUUAAUAUACUGAGGCGUGGACUCUCGGACAGCGGAGGAGGACCCCCAGCUAAACAGAGAGAUAUUGAAGGGGCACUCUUGAGGCUGGCCGGAGAUCAGCGAGCGAGGAGAGAUUCACGCCAUGACAGCGACGCUGAGGAUGAUGACGAUGUCAAAAAGCCAGCGUUGCAGUCAUCAGUUGUUGCUACCUCCAAAGAACGAACACGCCGAGACCUUAUCCAGGAUCAGACCAUGGACGAGAGGGGAAAGCAAAGGAAUCGGCGUAUGUUCGGCCUGUUGAUGGGUACUCUUCAGAAGUUUAAACAGGAGUCUACGGUGGCUUCAGAGAGGCAAAAAAGACGUUUAGAGAUUGAACAAAAACUAGAGAUCCAAGCAGAGCAAGAGCGUAAAAAAGUUGAGAGCGAAAGACGAGAGCUCUUUGAAGAAAGACGUGCCAAGCAGACAGAGCUGAGACUACUGGAACACAAAGUGGAACUUGCUCAGUUGCAAGAAGAGUGGAAUGUGCACAAUGCCAAAUUAAUUAAGUACAUCCGUACAAAAACCAAGCCUGCAAUUUUCUAUGUUCCUGGUAGGAUGUGCUCAGCCACUCAUAAGCUCUUAGAGGAGUCUCAGAAGAAAAUGAACGUGAUGUUUGAAGAGAGGUGUGCAGAGUUUGCCGAACAGCUGAACAAGAUGGAGGCGCGUCCCAGGCGCCAGACAAUCAGGAGCAAAGACCAAGGGGAUGCUCAGAAUGAAGACCCGAAGAAGGAAGAGCAAGAGGAGGGUAAGCCAACGGAGCAGGAGGUGGAGGUGACAGGUAAAAAGAAUGAUGUCGAGAUGAAGGAGGCAGGAGAGAGGGAUGGAAAGGUCAGUGUAGUGCAGAGUAGUGGAGAGCAGGAAGAUGCCGUUACUCCUGAACAGAAGCUACCAGGAAAAGGGGGGGAGGAGGAGGAAGAGGAGGAUGAGAACGAUGACGAUGAUGUUGAUGAAGGAACAGGGGAGGUCAGGCAGGUAGAAGAGCAGGCGGAUGUUGCUGUGGAGGUGAGGGAGACUGAGCAGGGUCAGUGUAGGGAUAAGGAUAUCCAGAUGGAGGAACCGAAAGGGGAGAGCCCAGCACCAGUGGAGAUGGAGGUAGGUAAUGGGGGGAGAGUGGAAGAUGGGGUUGAGACAGGGACAGAGCCUUGUUCAGAUCGUCAGCAGGAGCUUGCGCUGGAGUCAGUGAGCCAAGAGAACGGUGUUGAAACCUGCGCUGCCGUGAAAGCACAGCCAUCUGAGGCACAGGGGCCCCUAGUGCAAGAGCCAGCUGGUGCAUUAACAGUAGCAGCAGUAGGCCAUGAGGCUGCGUGUCCCCAACAGCAGGGGGGGCUUGUGCCCAGUGGGCAGGGGAAGAUGCAGGAGCAGACGCCUCCGACACAGGUGGAGGAUGUGGCCAAAGGGCCGGGCGCCCGGGGCAACAGAAGGAGUAAGGUGAGGGACAAGAAAAGGAGCAGGAGCAGCAGCAGCUCCUCCUCUGGGAGCAGCUCCAGCUCCAGCGCCAGCAGCUCUGGCUCCAGCAGCAGCAGCAGGAGCAGCUCCAGCAGCAGCUCAAGCAGCUCAAGUAGCAGCAGCAGCAGCCAGAGCAGGAGUCGCAGCCGGGGCAAGAGUGGUGGGGGCCACAGCAGGGACAGGAAGCGCCGGAGGAGGCCCUCGGAGAAAGAGAGGGACAGGGAGAGGAAGAGGGGGGGAGCGGGUGCUGAGAGGAGCCAUAAGUCAUCCAAGGGCAGCAGCAGAGAUGCCAAAGGUUCCAGAGAUAAAAAGUCAGACAAGAAGAGGUGUGAUGCAGAUGGCAGUCGGUCGGGGAAAAGGCCCUCGCGUACUGACAGGGAUCGGAAGUCAGACAGGAAGGACAAGAGGCAUUAACUGAGGCCAGACUAUUGGCAGGCUUUGUAUUCUUCAAAGAGAAACUAUUUGCUGCAGGAAAGGAUUGCACACAGCCAACAUGAAGAGAUUUCUAAGGAAUGGUAAAAUACGCCUUAAAUAUCACAUAUUGAUUCUCAAAAAUUCUUACAGAUGCUGUAGGGUUGUUUUGGUUGUUUUUUUUUCCUUUUACAUGGCCUUCUUAAUGUUUGUCAGACAUGUUGACCCAUUUUUUGUUUUAGACUUAAUGUCAUUCUUCCAAAGCUAGUGGGCUUGAACCCACUGGAUUACA